AUGGAGAGAAAACUCAUGCAGGAAAAAUAUUCCCUGCUUGAAGAGCUUGAAGAAGAACGCGAUAGAGCGAGCAACCGUAGCCAAGUGAGUCGACGAUCCAAGCAACAACGUGUCAACGAAUGGGUGGAGCAGCAGUCAUCUAAAGAUGGAGCCGUAGGGGGAAUACCUCAAGAGCCAGCUACGGAGCGUCAGGCAGCGCCCAACCCAGCGAAGGGACCGCAAAGGCAGCAAGAAGAAACCGUAGCGAUCCUGCCACCACACCACGGGAAUCAGCUGCAGCACACAGGCGCAAUUCUCAAAACGGUGCCAAAUGUGCUGUCUAACGGUCGCGCCCCGACCUCCAUUGGUAACACUAUCCCCUCUUUACCCCCCGUACUGCCACUAGGUAAGCCACCAAUAAAGUCCAUUCCAAAAACGAAAACUUCUGCUCAGCCGAGCAAUCAUUAUCAAGAGACACUUGAUAAAUUGGGAGCAAUUAGUCCGGUACUCAAAAAUACAAAUCCAGUUGAACCUACCAAGACUAUGCCUACUUCUCAAAAUCAACAUACCUCCACUUGCCCAACUUCUACCCCUAUAGGGAGAAAAGAAAGUCAAUCGGUUCAUGUCAAUCCAUGUCCCAAUGCUAACGAUCCAUCGUCAAAUGUUAAUCCUACGUUUAUGGCAGCAAGAAUGCCAGAAGCAGGUCCUUCCCCCUCGCAGUUAGCCGCACGACAAAUAAUGCCCCGCAAUCUUCCCCCUUUCGCCGGUAACCCCGCGGACUGGCCUCUUUUCAUUAGUGCGUUCGUAAAUACAACCGCCGCGUGUGGAUAUUCCAGUGUUGAAAAUUUAACCAGAUUGCAACGAUGCCUGAAAGGUGCAGCCUACGAAGCCGUAAGAAGCUGUCUCCUACUGGCAGCAUCGGUGCCACAAGUGAUCAACACCCUUCAGCUGCUUUACGGACGCCCGGAACUGCUGAUCAACGUACUGUUGGAUAAAGUUCGAUCAACUCCUGCACCUAAGGUGGAGCGACUCGAAACGCUUAUCGAAUUUGGGAUGGCGGUUCAAAGUUUGUGCGACCACCUGGAGGCAGCAGGUCAGCAGUCUCACCUGACGAACCCGUGUUUACUGAUGGAGCUGGUGGACAAGUUGCCUGCACAUGUGAAGAUGGAGUGGGCGAAUUUCAUGCAGCAGUAUCCAGAGGUGAAUCUCAAGACCUUCGGGGAUUUUAUGAACGGCGUGGUGAUAUCGUCCAGUAAAGUGACCCAGUACACUGGAGGAUUCGGAAAAGAAGCUAGUAAGGAACAGUUGAAAAUAAAGAACAAGGGUUUGAUCAAUGCUCAUAUCAACCAGCCGGAACUGCCAAAGGAUGACUAUAAGCAAUGUGGUAUUUGCAACCGUCGAGGACAUCGAGUGCGGGGUUGCGACACGUUCAAAUCGCUCUCCAUCGAUGAACGGUGGAAGGCAGCGCAAACCAAUGAAGUCUGUCGUAGCUGCUUAAAUGCGCAUGGCAGAAGAAGUUGUCGAAAUUCAGUCCAGUGUGGAAUUAACGGAUGCACUUUCCGCCAUCAUCCGUUACUCCAUUCUAACCGUAACAAUCAACUGUCCGGUGGAUCUGGAAGACCGAAGGUAGUGACCAGCAUCGAAACCGCUGGUAAUCAUGCACAUCGGAUGCCGGACCAAUCGUUACUGUUCCGCAUCAUCCCGAUAACGCUUUACGGACCGAAAAAAACGGUAAGAACCUUCGCUUUCCUGGACGAUGGCUCAUCCCUUACACUCGUCGAAGAGGAAUUAGCGCGUAACAUCGGUGCGAGCGGCAUAUCGGCACCAUUGUGUCUUACUUGGACGGAAGACGUCUCCAGGAUCGAAGCCGAAUCGAAGCAGCUACAGUUGGAGGUAUCUAGUGCGUAUGGUGGAAAGCAUUACCCACUGAAAAAUAUACGAACCGUGAAAAAGCUCGCCUUGCCCGGGCAGACGCUGCCAAUCAACGAAUUCAUGAAUAAAUUUAAAUUUCUUCGAGGGCUUCCACUUUCCGACUAUGAUCACAGCUAUUGA